AUGGCCCUAGGAGAGAACACCGUGACCACGUACAAGGUCCUUUUAUAUGGACGGCCCUACCCUAUGGCAUACCCCUACUUGAAUACUGAUUUUAAAAACCAAUGGGAAAUGGGGACCGUGAAAGUCAAGCGCACCAGCCAGGUACCUUGUGGACGAUUCAUGCUGGCCACUGAAAAGACAGCAAUUAUCAUAGCCAUUUAA